GUCUUGCUGCGUCCAAUGGGCGGCCGCGCCCUGUGCGGGUGGGCCCUGCACGGCAGGAGGCGCCGCGGCGGCCGUUGCCCGGAAACCGCGCAAACACUAGGGAGCUCAGCCCGCCGCUGCAGUUGCGGCGGGAGGUGGUGGCCGCGGGAGCCGGAGCGAGGCUGUUCUUCUGCCAAGAUGGCUUCCAAAAGGAGAACUUUGAGCUGCAGUGAAGGGCAUCAGAAAUUAGUAGAUAUAAACUACUGCAAAAAAUUACAUGUUGAGGCACUAAAAAAGAUAGAGAAUCAAAUCAGGGACCGAAUGGUGCAGAAUCAAAUUGCUGACCGUGUCGAGCGCCAGAGAUUCCUCAGAUUACUACAGAAUGAACAAUUUGAGUUGGAUAUGGAAGAGGCCAUUCAAAAAGCAGAAGAAAACAAAAGGUUGAGGGAACUCCAGCUUGAACAAGAAGAAAAAUUGGCUGUAGAAUUGGCAAAACUAAAAAAUGAAAGUCUAAAAGAUGAGAAGAUGAGGCAACAAGUAAGAGAAAACAGUAUUGAGCUCAGAGAAUUGGAGAAGAAAUUAAAAGCAGCUUACAUGAAUAAAGAAAGGGCAGCUCAGAUUGCUGAAAAGGAUGCCAUUAAAUACGAGCAAAUGAAACGUGAUGCUGAAAUAGCCAAAACCAUGAUGGAAGAACAUGAGAGAGUAAAAAAGGAAGAGAAUGCUGCAGAGGACAAACGAAAUAAAGUAAAAGCACAGUACUAUCUUGACUUAGAGAAACAGCUUGAAGAACAAGAAAAAAAGAAGCAGGAAGCUUAUGAGCAGUUGCUAAAAGAGAAACUCAUGGUUGAUGAAAUUGUUAGGAAAAUCUAUGAAGAAGAUCAAUUAGAAAGACAACAAAAGUUAGAAAAAAUGAAUGCAACUCGAAGGUAUAUAGAAGAGUUUCAGAAAGAGCAGGCUCUCUGGAGAAAAAAGAAGCGUGAGGAGAUGGAAGAAGAAAAUAGAAAAAUCACAGAGUUUGCCAACAUGCAGCAACAAAGAGAAGAAGAUCGGAUGGCAAAAGUUCAAGAAAGUGAAGAAAAAAGGCUACAGCUUCAGAAUAUGCUGACUCAGAAACUGGAAGAAAUGCUGAGGCAACGUGAAGAUUUGGAACAAGUGCGACAAGAAUUAUACCAGGAAGAACAAGCUGAAAUGCAUAAGAGGAAACUAAAAGAAGAAGCAGAAGAGAAAUUGAGAAAGCAAAAGGAGUUGAAGCAAAAUUUUAUAGAACAAAUGGCCUUGAAGGAACUAGUACUACAGGCUGCAAAAGAGGAAGAGGAGAUCUUCAGAAAAGCUAUGCUAGCUAAACUUGCUGAGGAUGAUCGAAUAGAAUUAAUGAACGCUCAGAAACAAAGAAUGAAGCAGCUCGAACACAGGAGGGCUGUGGAAAGACUUAUUGAGGAACGUCGCAACCAAUUCCUUGCAGACAAACAACAGGAACUGGAAGAAUGGCAGUUGCAGCAAAGACGACAAGGAUGUAUUAAUGCAAUUAUUGAAGAAGAAAGACUAAAACUUCUCAAAGAACAUGCUUCAAAAUUACUAGGAUAUCUCCCUAAAGGAGUAUUUAAAAAAGAGGAUGAUAUUGAUAUGCUUGGUGAAGAGUUUAGGAAAGCAUAUCAGGAAAGGAGUGCAAUUUGUGAAGAGAAGUGAUAUCACCAAGAUUUGGUAAAAAACCUGGAUUCUUUUGUAUGUUACCACUAGAUGUCAGCGUAACUUUUGUUUUACAGAUCAGUGAUAGUAAGAAUCCAUUGUCUAUUUGGAUUUUCUAAAACAUCUGUAUUUCAUCAUUUGUAAACAAUUAAUCUAUAAGGAAACAUUUGACAAAAACUAAACAAAUUACUAAGCAUUUUUUAACUGCAAAAUUAAUCGCUUUUAGUCAAACUGUUGUUUUUGUACUGAUGAUUUGAAGAUCUGAGUUCUAUACAACACUCCAUAUAUAAAAACAUAUUAUAGGCCAAAAGCAGAGGACUAACUUCUCUGUACCACUCCUGCUGUUCAGAGAUUCUUCAGUAUCCCCAUUCAGGCUACAGUCUGUCUAUGUUUAGGGAAUUUACUUCCCUGAUUUGGCUAGGGAAAUAAUAAGUAUUUAGAAUUAAUUUGGGUUUGGAGCAUCUUUUUCUGUCCAUUAUAAGGGAGGAGAAAAGCAAAGAGUGAGGAAUUUUAAAGUGCUUUAUUACCUAAUGGGCUUAAUUGUCAAUUAGAAAUUAAAAACAGCAUUUCUCUCA